GUCCCACUAAUCAUAAUAUUCCAAAAAUCCAAAAGAAAUAUACCCUUCACUGCUACGUUAUAUAAACCCCACAAUAUCAUAUACGGUACAAAAAUAUAUCAUAUGUAAACUCCACAAAAAAAUAUAUCGUAUGUAAACUCCACAAAGCUUUAACUACCUAGAAGACAACUUUACCCUUCUCCCCGAUCGCCGCCCCAUCACGGUGCCGAGUCGUCGGAAAACAUGAUUCCGCGGCGGCGAAUCGCUCUCUCCGCCGUCUUCUUCCUCUACCUAUUGGCUUCGUCUCACUCUCUCGAGUUCACAAAAUCAAAACCCAAACACAAAAUCGAUGGACCCAUCAAAACCCUAGUCGUCGUGGUCAUGGAGAACCGGUCCUUCGAUCACAUGCUCGGAUGGUUGAAGAAAACCCGACCCGACAUCGACGGUUUAACUGGAAAGGAAUCGAACCGGUUCAACGCUUCCGACCCAAACUCCCCUGAAGUCUUCGUCUCCGACAACGCUAUCUUCAUCGACUCCGAUCCGGGGCAUUCGAUUCAGGCGAUCCGGGAGCAGAUAUUCGGGUCAAAUGUAACGACCGCUAACCCGGCUCCGAUGAACGGGUUCGUCCAGCAAGCGUACAGUAUGGGGGUCAGUAUGCCCGAAACCGUGAUGAGCGGGUUCAAACCGGAGGUUUUGCCGAUAUACACUGAGUUGGUGAACGAGUUCGCCGUGUUCGACCGGUGGUUCGCGUCCGUUCCCGCUUCGACUCAGCCGAACCGGUUCUACGUCCACUCUGCAACAUCACACGGAGCUUCCAGCAACGUGAGGAAGGACCUCAUCCAUGGCUUCCCCCAAAAAACCAUCUUCGAUUCUUUGGACGAAAAUGACCUCACUUUUGGGAUUUAUUACCAAAACAUCCCUGCAACACUGUUCUUCAAGAGCAUGAGGAAGCUUAAGCACAUCACAAAGUUUCAUGAGUACAAAUUGAAGUUCAAACUACAUGCUAAGAAGGGUAAGCUUCCGAAUUACGUGGUGGUGGAGCAGCGUUACUUCGAUGUGGAGCUCUUUCCGGCCAAUGAUGAUCACCCUUCUCAUGACGUAGCGAUCGGACAGAAGUUCGUGAAGGAGGUGUACGAGAUCCUGAGGGCUAGCCCGCAGUGGAAUGAGAUGGCUGUGUUGUUUACUUAUGAUGAGCAUGGUGGGUUCUAUGAUCACGUGCCUACCCCUGUCUCUGGUGUGCCUAACCCGGAUGGGAUCAUUGGACCCGACCCCUGGUACUUCAGGUUUGAUCGGUUGGGGGUUCGAGUCCCGACGCUGUUGAUAUCGCCGUGGAUCGAUAAGGGUGUAGUAAUUCAUGAGCCAAAUGGGCCAACACCAGAUUCACAGUUUGAACAUUCUUCUAUCCCUGCUACUAUUAAGAAGCUUUUCAAUUUGAAGUCUAAUUUCCUGACCAAAAGGGAUGCAUGGGCUGGAACGUUUGAGAAUUACUUCAAACUUCGUGAUACUCCACGUGAUGAUUGUCCAGUAAAGCUCCCAGAAGUUAGGAGGUCACUCAGGUCACGCGGACCAAAGGAAGAUGAGAAACUCUCUGAGUUCCAAGUCGAGUUGAUCCAGCUUGCAUCCCAGCUGGUCGGUGAUCAUGUUCUCAAUACCUACCCAUAUAUGGGAAAAUCCAUGACUGUGGGUGAAGCAAACCGUUAUGCGGAGACAGCAGUUGCAAGGUUCUUGGAAGCUGGAAAGACAGCUUUGAGAGCUGGAGCAAAUGAAUCUGCUCUUGUCAGAAUGAGACCGUCCCUCACUAGCCGAACUUCAGGGGGUUAUAGCAGCUAUUGAUCAAUCCCCCUCUACAUUAGCGAGUUGUGUAUAGUAUAUUCAUAUUGAACUUUCCAUACUGGUGUACGUAAAUUUUAGUAGUAUUCAAACUUCUUAGUACCAAAGCAAGACCUGUUGGCCCGAUCGGCCAAUUUGAAGUCUUAAUAGUAAACAUAUAAACCACUCUGUUGUGUAUGACACUAGUGAACUUUCUGUAUGGAGCUUAGGUCCUUUCAGGUGUUUUAUAAAAUAAUUGCAAACUCCAAUGGUUGAAUAGUAAACAUUAUUUCGCCACGAGGUUGGUCAGUCUUAAA